UACAGUUCUAGUUUAUUUAAGUUAGAAGUUGGAACUUCAUUAGGAAAUUCAGGGAUUGUCUUAUUAUUGUCAACCAUGGAAAACUUGAAUGUGAACCCUACAUUGGCCGAGGGAGAUUUAUUAGAACUAUCGCCGUUAAAAUUGCCAAAUUCAAUACUAAAACCUUCACAAAAAGACAAUCUUAUUAUGCUACAAACACCUGUACAUAAGCAACUUAAAGUCAGUUUUAUUACCCCAAAAAGAACCCCUCUUCUGGGACAAAAAGGGGGCUUGAUUUUGAACCCUUCUGCCACAGCAUUGCAAGAAAAUACGCCGAUGAAUGGAAGCUAUAGUGGGUCAGAAAAUGUACCCGCAGUGGCCCGAAAAAUGGUCCCUCCCUUGAAAAUUACAGACACCCCUAAAACAGGGAAUGGAAUGCCAGCAAUAAAGAAAGGAAUCGCACCUCGCAGACCCGGUGUCUCGUCUCAAGAAGUAGCGAAAAACAGAGAAGAAAAAAUCUCACAAAAAAAUAAAAAUGACAACAAAUGGGAGAGCCUAAGAAAGUUAGAUGAAAAUCUACGAUGGCGGGAAAGGGUCGAAGUCAUUACUAAACUCGAUCACCAAGAAUACAAGGAAUGUGCAAAAGAAUACGUCAACGAAAUGAUUGAUAAAGCUAUUGAUAUCAACAUAUCCAAAGCAAACAAGACCCAACCUGAGGGUUCAAAGGACAUGACCUCAAUGACAAAUGUCAUAACCCCUAUCUCAGUACCUAUACUUCCUUCCGCCUUGCCCGAUUCUGAAGUUAUGACCCCUGCAUCAAAGAUUAUGACUCCUAUUUCAAAAGUAUGUGAUUCGAAUGCUGUGAUUAGUCCAAUUGCGAAAACUGUGACACAGAGGUCAAAUGUCAUGACCCCUGGUACAGAGAUUAUGACCCCUAAUAUGUGCGGAAUGAAUGCAACACUUGAUAUCAGUGACCACGGAUCUUUUAUUGCAGAUAAAACCGACAAUGAGGGUAGUGCGACACCUAGUGUCACAAUCAAACCUAACACAAGUGGUUUGAGACAUCCUUCUGCAAUAAGGAAGCCAAUGAGUGUUCGACCCAAAACAACUAGACCAAAAUCAAAAUCGCAAAGUACUUUGGAUGAGGAAUCAGUCGGUCCUAAUCAAAAUGGUUCCAAGCAUCCAUUCAAUUUGGGGACCAGAGCAUAUAGCUUCGAUCUAGAUAAUAUCCCGGAAGAUUUUGAUCCAUUUUCACCCAAAAAUGCGCUCAAACCUAACUCCAACUCUCGAGACCAACAAGAUUUACAAGGAGCAGUGAAAGAAGAUUCAAGUCUAGAUGCUCUGAACACUUCUGCAAAUGUGAGUGUGUUCGAACCAACGCCACAGGCCUCGAAUUACGCUUUACGCGAAGUGGAUGUGACCUUUGGGAACUCGGCUUUUGUUGACGGUUCAAAAUUACUCGAGCAAGGUCAGCUUGACCUUGACUUUUUGGAACAGCAAACACCAGGUGGUAUCUCUGGCGACCUUCGUAAACAAUCCCUGUACAUGAAAUUCGAUCCAUUACUACAAGGUCUCGUAAACCGACAAUCUCUUGUUUUACUCGGGCGAAAAAGCGACAUUAUUGAUUUCACAGGCCGAGUUACGCCAGUUCCAGAAGAUGUCGCCGAAGAGCCAGCUAUAAUCAGCCCACGAGAACCAGAUUUGUUAUGUGACAGUCCGUCGCAAAUUGGAGUUGACCAGAGCAUUUUUGAGGCUUCAAAUGUAGCUCGUGGAUCUGCAAGUGACAGUAUUGGAAGUGUGUCGCCCGGAUUUCAUCAUCCUACUGCUUUAAAGCCCGAUAACGGAAUAAUUGAAGUUUUAAAGUACUCAGAAGCAGAUAUUCAACGAGUUUUGAAACGUAAAAAAGAAAAGUGGGCACUAGAGCGCGACGAGGCUGAAAAACGGUACAACGAUUUAGUCGACGAGACUCGCUCUGCGGAAAUCGCGGCGAAAGAUUGUGUAGAAAGAUACGAAAAAAGAUUGAAUGAAUUAGAAGAGGAAAAGAAGCAUAAUAAAGAAGAAUUCACGUUUUAUACUGAAGAGAAAAAGAAGAUUGAUUUGAAAUUUAAGAAUCUCACUCGCUCUUCCAGUGUAUUAUUUCAGAAAACGGAAACUCUUCAAAAAAUGACGACAAAUCUUCAAGCAAAUGAGUUGAAACAGAAGGAAUAUAUAACUGAAUUCAGGGCUAAAUGUAUGGCAAGUCAAAAGAAGAGCAUUGAAUUAGAAAAAGAAACAACAGAAACCUUGAAAAAAAUCAGCGCCGAAAAGGCUGAAGUUGAAGCCAAUUUUGCAGCACAGCUCAACAACAUACAAAUGAAGAUCCGUACUGUCGAAUUGAGAGUUAAAAGUUUGCAGACUGAACUUGAUCACAAGAAAGAUGACAACAAGGAGUUGAUGAAACUGUGUGAUGAAUUAGUCGGAAUGCAAUGAAAUGGAUACUCUACUGCCAUCUGUAAUUACAAUGUUGUGCUGAUUUGAGUUAAAUUAUCCAAAACUGAGUGCUCACCCCAGCCCUCACACUUUAUACAACUGCCCCCUGUGACCACAGAGUACGAAUAAAUUUGAGUCAGAAACAACUCUUGGUUACAAAUUUUGACUGUUGACUUCAGGUUAUUAUGAAGAAAAUUUAAAUCCGACUGCCAAUCCUGAUAAAACAAAAUUUCGAUUGAAGUGUCUGCAUGCCUUCUUUAUCUCUUGAAAACGCUAAUUAAUUAAUUACUACAACAAAAGCAUAUUCUGACUGUCGAGACAGUUUGAAAACAGGACUUCAAUAACAGUGAAAACAUGCAAGGCUUACCAGCUCUACAACUCUGAUAAGGAACUGGAAACAGGGUUCUGGCCCCAGUUCAGCAGAGGGUGCGGAUACCAGAGACCGUUUGAAAACAGGACUUCAUACUGCUACCUAUAACUGCCCUUCUGAACUGCAUCCAGAACCUUACCAGAGGUGUAUCCUUGUAUGAUCCAGUAACCGCACCCCCUGGUGAAUCACAGCCAGGAACCCGUUUCCAGAUCCUUAUCAGAGUUGUAGGUAGGCUUGUAUGCUCGAGUAUUGAAAUAAAAUCUCCACUUUGCUAGUUUGGGAUAUUUCUAUUCUGCUUAUACUUUCUUGUGGUCUAUUAUCAUUUCUUUAUUACUCUUGAACCUUUUUCUUUUGCUUAAUUAAACAUUCUCUAUAUUGGAAA